CUGCUGUGUACCGAGGCCCCCAGGAUGGUGGCCACCAGGCUGUCCAACCGCCUCCCAGCGCCUCUGGCCUUUAAGGAUCCCAGCGCUUUCAGGGUUAAGAGUUGGGGCGAGCUGCUCCGUGCUCUGGGUAUCUUCCAGUUCUGCUCCUUCCCUGUGCUGGUAAACAACUGUGGGAAGCUGAUGUCCAUAGCACGCACGGUCCUGGGGAGAAGGGGGUUCUCCUUGCUGCUGCGCCCCACUGUGUAUGCUCAGUUUGUGGCUGGAGAGAAUGAGAGAGAAAUCUCUAAGUCCAUGGAGAAGAUGAGCAUGCUGGGACUGAGGCCCAUGCUGGCGGUACCUAUCGAAGAGGAUCUGGGAGAAAGCACUGGAGAGAAGAGAUAUGAUGAGAACAUGGAGUCCAUGUUGGAGUGUGUGAGAAUGUCCCACACGAACACCUGGAGCAAAGACCCAAUGAUGCAGCUGAAGAUCACAGCCCUGCUCAGACCAGAGCUGUGUGUGAAACUGACAACCCUCAUUUCACAACAACCAUAUGACCUCAAUCUCCUAGUUAGAGCACUGGAUGGAGAGCAAAUCAACUUCCCUGGUUUAGAUGGAAAUGAAAUUGCACACUUCCUCUGUGGCCUGCAGCGCCUUAACAAGAUAGGAGAGGCAAGUGUAAACAAAGUCCGAGUCCUGGUCGAUGCAGAGUACACCUACAUGAACCCCGCCCUCUCUCUUGUCACCACGGCGAUGAUGAAGAAGUUUAACAAAGAUGGCGCCUGGAUUUGGAACACAUAUCAGUGCUACCUGAAGGAGUCCAGGUCCCUCCUCUUAGAAGGUCUGCUUCUGUCCAAGAAUGAGGGUUUCUGUCUGGGAGUCAAGCUGGUACGAGGAGCCUACAUGGACAAAGAGAGAAAGCUGGCAGAGAAAGAGGGUCGUCUGGACCCCAUCCACCAAAGCUGGGAGGACACCAACAACAGUUAUAACGGCUCAUUGGAUGUGAUGCUGGAAGCCAUAUCCCAGAAACCUGAGCGCUACAGGAUUAUAGUCGCCACUCACAACGAGGAGUCAGUGAGACGAGCCGCCGAACGGAUGGAACAGUUGGGGAUAGACAAAGAUGGAGGCUCAGUGUGUUUUGGCCAGCUGCUGGGUAUGUGUGAUCACGUCUCCCUCACAAUGGCUAAAGAGGGUUAUGCAGUAUACAAGUCGGUGCCUUAUGGCUCAGUGGACGACACGCUCCCCUACCUGGUGCGUCGAGCUCAGGAGAAUCGCACUGUGUUGCAGGGAAUUCGCAAAGAGAGGGAUCUGCUGAAGCAAGAGCUCCGCCGGAGACUCUGUCCAGGUCUGAGGGGAGGCAGCUAACAGUCCAUCAGCAAUGAACACACUCAGGUGUCCUAAUGCAUUGGAAAUGCGUGGAAUAGGAAGGCUGUUAAAUGUAGCAAAGACAA